UGGAAAAGAUGUCCGCCUCGGUGGGGCCCCAGGGUGGCCCUCGCCCACCCACCGUGCCGCCAUCCAUGCCGGAUCUGCCGGACCUCAGCCAUCUCACCGAGGAGGAGAGGAAGAUCAUCAUGGCUGUGAUGGCUCGGCAGAAGGAGGAAGAGGAUAAAGAACAAGCCAUGCUAAAAACACUGCACCAGCAGUUUGAGAGCUACAAACAGGAGGUGCGUCGCAUCGGGGCGGAGACGCGGCGUCAGCAGACCCAGCAGAAGGACGACGCACCCACCUGCGGGAUCUGCCGCAAGACCAAGUUUGCCGACGGCUGUGGCCACCUCUGCUCCUACUGCCAGACCAAAUUCUGCGCUCGCUGUGGAGGGCGGGUCUCUCUGCGCUCCAACAAUGAGGACAAAGUGGUAAUGUGGGUAUGCAACCUGUGCCGUAAACAGCAGGAGAUUCUCACUAAAUCAGGAGAAUGGUUUUCGGGGUCAGGGGUGCGGCCUGGGAGCCUGGGCACCUCCACGAACAGCUCAGCCACUGGAGGUGAGGCCCAACGGGACAGGAAGCUACUCCGCUCCAGGUCCCAAGCCCCAACCUCCGGCACCAACACCAACGCAGGGCCGCCGGACGGGACGCAGCCGCCCACUGGUGUCAUCGGUGCCAAGGGUGCUGACACCAUGCCCGGCUCCCGCUCCCAAAGUGAACCACCAAGAGAAAAGAAAAGGCCAGUUUCCCUCCAUGAACAGAAUGGUAAGGGAGGCAUGGGGCGUGGAAGCGGCCGGAGACCUGCUGGGAAGUUGCCAUCUCAGUCAUCACUGGAUGAGCGAGUGGUUCCUGGGGAAAGAGGAGAGAGACGCUUAGGAGACGGACGGAGACUGGAGAAGAUCCACUCUCAGGACUACGAGGAUGGGGAGGGCAACUUGGGUCGUUCAGAAACACACCGGAGACGCCCAGAGGAUGAGGAGCAGAGGGAGCGCCAGCGCCGCGAGGAGGAGUUCCAGAAUCGUUACCGUAGUGAUCCCAACCUGGCUCGAUACCCGGUGAAGCCGCAGAAGGAGGAGCAGGAGAUGCGCAUGCACGCUAAGGUGUCCAAGGUCCGCCACGAACGGCGCCACAGUGAUCUGGCGAUCAACGAGGUCGGACUGGGUCCUGAAGGAGGAGGUGGGGGAGGAGGGGAGGUGCCCGAAAACCGUCUGGCCAGGAGGGGCGGAGGUGGGGAGGGAGACCACAAGGCCCUCUUAGAGAACCACCGAGCCUACUCUGUGGAUAGGACCGUGGGGGUUGGCGGGGGAGGUCCACCUGCAGGAGGUGGAGUUAGAUCAGGUCCCCAACCUGGGGGACCGGCGCCUCCAGAUUGGGGCCCGAGCAAAGGCCGCCUAGAGCCCGGCAUAACACGGACACCAAGGGACAAGGGUGGGGACAACCUGCUGAGGAAGGACUCUCAGAGCUCGGACCAGUCGGAGUCUUUGCGGCCGCCCCCUCCACGGUCAUACAAGAGCAAGCGCGGAGUCAACAAGAGGCAGAUGUCCAUCAGCAGCUCAGAGGAGGAAGGCGGCUCCACGCCCGAGUACACCAGCUGUGAGGACGUGGACAUGGAAAGCGUCAGCGAGAAAGGUGACUGGGACUGUCAUUCUCUAGAUCCUACAGUGUGGCAUCAUCCAGUUACAUGGCAGCCGUCCAAAGAGGGUGACCACCUAAUCGGACGCAUCACGCUAAGCAAGAGGUCGGCGAUGCCACGCGAGGCCGGCUCCCUCCUCGGCCUGAAAGUGGUAGGAGGGAAGAUGACAGAGACAGGGAGACUCGGGGCCUUCAUCACCAAAGUCAAGAAAGGCAGCCUUGCAGAUGUUGUGGGUCACCUACGAGCAGGUGACGAGGUGCUGCAGUGGAAUGGGAAGUCGUUGCCGGGAGCAACUAAGAAAGAAGUGUACAACAUUAUCCUUGAAUCCAAGGCUGAACCCCAAGUGGAAAUAGUUGUUUCAAGACCUAUAGGAGACAUCCCCAGAAUUCCAGAGUCAUCCCACCCUCCUCUAGAAUCUACAGGCUCCAGUUCUUUUGAGUCACAAAAGAUGGACCGUCCCUCUAUAUCAGUGAUGUCCCCUACCAGCCCCGGGACUCUCCGAGACCUUCCUCUGGUACUGCCUGGACAGCUCUCUGUGAAGCUGUGGUAUGACAAAGUGGGCCAUCAGUUGAUCGUCAACGUCCUUCAAGCCAUAGACCUGCCACCCCGACCAGACGGACGACCUCGUAACCCAUAUGUCAAGAUGUACUUCCUUCCCGAUAGGAGUGAUAAGAGUAAACGACGGACUAAAACAGUGAAGAAGAGCGCUGAGCCCAAGUGGAACCAGACCUUCAUAUAUUCCCACGUUCACCGACGGGAUUUCAGAGAGCGCAUGCUGGAGAUCACAGUUUGGGACCAGCCCCGAGUCCAGGAGGAGGAGAGUGAAUUCCUGGGAGAGAUCCUGAUCGAGUUGGAGACGGCUUUGCUGGAUGACAUUCCUCAUUGGUAUAAACUCCAAACACAUGACAUGUCUUCAAUACCUCUGCCCCAGCCCUCCCCGUACCUCCCACGCAGACACGUCCAUGGAGACAGCCCCAGCAAGAAGCUACAGAGUGCCGAGCGAAACUCCAGGGACAGAGAGCGGGGCAGCACUUUGGCUGUGCCUGAGCAGCAGCGGCCCGUCCAGCACCGCUCCCGUUCAGUGUCUCCUCACAGAGAGGACUCCUGCAGGGCUCGGUCACGGCCCGCACAUGUGCCCAUGCAAAGGAGUCUGGAUGAGAUUCACCAGAACCGUCACCACUCCCACUCCCCGUCCCGCUACCACGACUCCCACUUAGAGCACCAACGCUCUGGGGACUCGGACUACGAGUACUCUGAGGACAGUGAGGUCCUGGAGAUGCACAGGUCUAUCCGAGGCGGGAGUGCUGAGUGCCUGCACACAAACAGCGACCUGCAGCCGUCGUUGGACAGAGUGAGGAGUGCCAGCACCACUUGUCUGAGACCAGAUAACAACUUUCACUCCCCUGAAAGAGACAGGUGCUCCAACUCUUUGCCCCGAAAGACUCUCCCCAGCCCCAGGAUCUUAGUAGAACAUGUGGUCCCUGAGGAAGACAGGCAGUGUAGCAAUUCAUCAAGUCCAAACUGUCAAAGGGGCAGCAAAAAAAGCCUGGAGGGGGACAGUCGAAUCCAGCCCACCUCAAUCCUGAGGGGCAGUAGGGGGAGAGGGGGCCCGCUGAGGCCCUUUGGCCAGACAGUCCUGGCUGGGUCCUGCCCAAACUCACCACGGCUAGACAGAGCACACCCUCAUGGCAGCCCCUCCUCUCCAACGGGGACUCCCUCAUCAGGUCGCAGGGGCAGGCAGCUGCCUCAGCUCCCUGCAAAAAGCAGCAGUAUUGAGCAAGCCCUUGCGGUAGAGGAGCGAGCCCGACAGCUGCAGAAAGUACAUUCCUACCGGCCUUCAGCCUCCCACGACCCUGAGACGGACCUCAAGACCAAACGGGAGAUGUACGCAGAAAAGGGGCGAAGCAGCGACAACAUGUCGGCCAGAUCGUCAGAAAGCGAUAUAAGCGAUGUGUCGGCCCUCUCCCGUGCCAGCAGUGCCUCCCGCCUCAGUAGCACCAGCUACAUGUCUAUCCAAUCAGAACGACCCGGAGGACGACUCAGUCGGCACAUGCGAUCGGUGGGCCGCAGCAUGCUGAAGAGCUCCAGUGUGAGCGGGGAGAUCUACACCCAGGAACGCACCGACGGCAGCCAAUCAGACACGGCGCUGGGCACUGUGGGUGGCGGCAGCAAGAAGAGACGCUCCAGCCUCAGUGCACGAGUGGUGGCCAUCGUUGGCAACCGCCGCAGUCGCAGCACUUCACAGAUCAGCGGCCCUGAGGGGAAGAGUAAGAAGGAGAAGGGUGCACCUAUCCAGAGGAGCACAGAGACCGGCAUGGCAGUGGAGCUGACCAGGAACAUGAGCCGGCAGCCCAGCAGAGAGUCCAACAACGGCAGCAUGAACAGCUACAACUCUGAGGGGAAUUUGAUCUUCUCUGGAGUCAAUCUGGGUGCAAGCAGUCAGUUCAGUGACUUCCUGGACGGCCUCGGACCGGCUCAGUUAGUGGGGAGGCAAACACUGGCAACUCCAGCCAUAGGUGACAUCCAGAUCGGCAUGAUGGAGAAGAAGGGUCAGCUGGAGGUGGAAGUUAUCAGAGCACGAGGACUCGUACAAAAGCCAGGAUCCAAAUCCCUCCCUGCUCCAUAUGUCAAGGUCUAUCUGCUGAAUAAUGGAGCGUACGUAGCCAAAAAGAAAACCAAGAUUGCACGGAAAACACUUGACCCACUGUACCAGCAAGCACUGCUAUUCGAAGAGAGCCCACAGGGUAAAGUCUUACAGGUGAUUGUAUGGGGCGACUACGGCCGUAUGGACCAUAAAAGCUUCAUGGGAGUUGCACAAAUCCUAUUGGAGGAACUGGACUUAUCAAGCACAGUCAUUGGUUGGUACAAGUUGUUCCCACCAUCCUCUUUGGUGGAUCCGACACUUGCCUCCUUAACGCGGCGGGCUUCCCAGUCGUCACUCGACAGCUCCUCCGGACCUCCCGGGGUCCGAUCCUAGUGGACCAACAGCUCUACAUCGCUCGACGAGUAACAAACUCACGAACCGUACUGUAGAGAGAAACUAAAAUAAAAAAAAAAUGGCGGAAA